AUGUUUAGCAUAAGCAAAGGUGGGCAAAAUGCGAAACGGCACUCACCUCCUCUAGCCACUGCACGCGAAACGUGUCGUUUCGAGUUGGUCGCGAGCGGCCCGUGUCCUUACGAACUCGACAAGGGUCUACUUUCACCGAUGGACGCGGAGAGCAAGCCACACACGGCCCUCGCGCGCCGUGCGUUCGCUACGCGCUUUUGCGGACGAAACAGUAACGUUCAAUUGAAACGGAACGACGGAACGGUCGCCGUGAAUAACACACUACACUGCCACAGAUCUAUUAAUCACACCGCACCGCACCGGCAUCGUUGGUCCGACGGGCGAAAGUCACCGUCGUCAAGGGCCGCCACUGGGGAAAAAAAAAAGUUUCCCAAACUUUUCGGAUGUCGCGGCGUCACGGGAGCGACACACGUCCGUCGUAUGGCGACGCUGUCGCGCGAA